CACGCAGCACUCGGACGUUCCACCACCACAUUCCUGAUUAUCACAAUCAGACGUCUCUCGCUGUAGCUACAAUGAGCUCUUCUAUAGAGACCGAGAUUCUGAACAAGUACAACCUCACGACACUGUACCCCGCAACCUGGCCAGAGGAGAAGGACGAGGCCGAUGAAGAGGAUACGUUCGACGAGCCAGUGCCCAAAGCUACCCCACAGGCGAUCCGCCGGUCCAAGUCGCGAUACUCGGUAUUAGAGCCUAGCUCAAGAUACUCACGGCAAGUGCCGGGUGCAGAACGAUCCAAAGAUGGCGUGGAGACAUUGGUGCAGAAGGACGAGCAGGACCCGUUGGGCAUGUACCCGAGUGUAGUGCAAGUGCUGCGGGCAAAGAACAUUCAGGUCGAGGAUGAUAUCAAGCUGCGCAACCGCUUCCUCUUGAGCUCUACUACCUUCUCGCCCUCUCUUUUCCUCUCGCAAGUCCACAAUGAAGCCUCCACCGAUUCCCUUCUCGCCGGCCUUGACUUUCUUUCCCGCUCUAUCGAAAAGAAGUCAGCUUCGCUCAAAGUCCUCGUCGAAUCCAAUUUCGACCGCUUCGUAGGCGCCAAAGCUACCAUCGACCGUGUAUACAAUGAGAUGCGGGAUCAAGGGAAGGAGCAACCAGAGGCGCCCAAGGCCUUACAGCCAGGCAGGGAGAGGAGCCGCUCGAGCUUCUCAGGCCGAAAGACAAGCGCAUCUCUGCCACCCGCCAUGCUGGAUUCUGUGCCGACAGAGAAACGGAAGAAUGCGCUUGUGAAGGAGAGCGAAUACGGUGUGCAUGGCAUCAAGGUUCCUCUGACCGAGGUCGCGGUCAAAGCGGAAGAAGUCUGGGGCCCUGCACUGAACGGACGUGAAAGGGAAGAGACAUUGAAGUCGAUUAUGGAGUCAGUGGAGCACCACCGCGGGCUAUUCGAGGUUGGGUCAGCUAUGCAAGACGCCAUUCGCCGGAAAGACCACGAAACAAUCACCGAGGAAUACAAGCGCGCACGAAAGUACGCAGAGGAAGCCCGGUAUAUUGUCGAGCAGGCAACGUCGAAUAAGACGCAACUUACUGAUGCCGAGAUACACCAGGUCAUCGUGACCGCGAGGAUGUGGUCAGAUGUCGAGCGACAGGUUGAACGUUUCAAGCGCGACUCGUGGAAACGCCUGACCACGGCUCAUUUUACACACUUGCAAACCGGGACCGAAGAGACCAAGUCGGAUGAAUACUUGAGCAUCAUCUCUAUCAUGCUCGAGCUCGGCGUAGAGGAUAACCCGAUAUGGGUAUGGUUACUCUCACGAUACGAACACCUCAAGUUCCAGCUUACCUCCAAAUGCCAACAUGCGCUGGUUGAGAUUGAGAUUCUUCGUCGUCAUCUGGCAAACGGCGAAAAGACGAGCCUGCGUAUGCUACAAAAGCAUCUCCGUUCGGUGCCCACUAGCAGCAACGUCAGCGCCGAACCUUCGAAGCUAGACACCCUAAAGGUGACCGAGUUCUGGGAACACGUGUAUGCGUCGAUGAGCACCUUGCUCUCAAAUAAAAGUGGACUACUGGCUGAACUCGUUGAAUACUGGGAGAUUGUCCAGUCAUUCCUCUCUGGUCGCGCGCAACGGAACUUGCCCACAGGUCACCAUGGCCAGUCUUCUGUCCAUCACCGUCUCAGUACUGAGAAUAAAGCUGAGCUUGAGAGAGGCACAACCGAACUCAUCACUAUUCUUCGGGACCAUCUGGUCUCGUUCUUCUCGGACCCUCCUAUAGAGGAUGUUUCCUUGCUCAUGUCGCCAUUGCCUACGAGUCCGACACCAACAACACCGGGAACACCAUUGAGCGCAGCGUUGAGUCCCAAGUCCGCAACUAGGUUCAGAUUUGACCCUGCGAAAGCACCACCACCCUCACCCAGUCGCGGAGAAUCUUGGGAGAAGUAUGCCUUCUGGCCUCCCAAUGCGAAUGCGCUUUCGGGAUCUCACUAUCUAUCCAGGAUGCUCGUGUUGAUUAGCACUGCAGCCAACGAACUUGCUUCGUUGCAAGUUCCUGAGCCUGGAGGCAGUGGUCGCAUUGAUGAAGCCCUGCGAGCACUACUUGGCGGUGUACGAGAACGUUGCAUCCAAGCUGUAUGUGCAGCUUGGAAUACUGAUGCUGAGAAGCUGAAGGUGCUUGAGGACUGGACUCGUCACGUUGAUCGCAAAGAUACUACAAACCUGCCCCAGCGUUUCCUAGCAGUACAGAGCUUCCUGCUCAACAAUCUGCAGAAGAUCCUGUAUGUUGAGGCAUCGAGCAAAACGCGGGUGGACGUAGUUGUACCACCGAGCAACAAGCUGUUGCAGAUGGUCAGAAGCCAGUUCGUCACCAGCUUAUAUAGGACACUGAGUGGAAUGGUCGAAUGUGCCGAGAAGGGCAGGCAAGCUCUGGGCCCCGAAUUCGAGAUCAAGGGUGAUGACCUCACUAUCGACGAGCAAGAUGACCAAAAUGGUAACGACUUGGGUAGGGUCGACGCCAACAAGAAGUCCAUCCGCCUGCUUCUGACUCUCGCCAACAUGGCCGCUUUCCAAACGGAGAUAACCCCCCAGCUCCUCACCCUCUUCGAGACACUCUUCAGCGUCCAACUCACGGACGAAACUAACCGCAUUCGAGACGUCCUCUCUCAAUUGGAUGCGCAGCUCUUCCGUUCCUACACCAAACCCCACGCCACAAAGAUUCACAACACAAUCGAAUCAGGCAUCUUCAGUCCAAACUGGGCGCCGGCCCCCGACGCGCGAAAGAGUGUCGCGGACCGCGACCCCAGCCCAUACGUCUUCAGCGUCCUUCUCGACCUCGUGAUUGUGCACACGGAAUCUUCGACAACGUCCGCGCCGUUAACCCCCCGCAUUUUGCGUGCACUGUUCGAGUCUACAACUAGCUCCCUCAUCACUACUUUCCAGUCCCCUAAUCUAUCUUCAGUUUCGCUCCCGCAACUCAUGCAAGCCACGCUUGACGUGGAAUUCAUGGCGCAGACGCUCGCUUCGUAUACCACUGAGAAGGCAUCGCAGAUCCAGACUGAUAUCUACCAAGUCCUGGACCAGAAGACAGACAACGCGGCUAGAGUGCGGUUGCAGGAUGAAUUGGGUAGUCUGAGAGUCAGUCUCAAGAGGCUGAGAGAGGGGACGAAGGUGCAGUUUGCCUGCUUCAGGAGGGUCAAGAGGGGUACGCUCGCUGGUGGUGCACCAGGCCAGGAAGGUGAGCAGAGGGGGAGAUAGAAUCGCUUCUUGAAGGGUAGUCCAAGUAUUUUGAGUGUAAAUGUCUUGUUGUUCGCAAAUCUAUCGCUUGGAAAUGCGCAUAAAGCGACCGUGGUUUUACAAAGAACGCCGCUGAUGCAUCUAUGUCCUAUUCUCGUUCCAUACUCCAUUCCCUGUAUUGUUACAAGUCGUACAAUAUUGUUAUACAUCCUCAGACCCCGCG